AUGCUUUGCUGGAUUAAGCACCUAAUUAGGAUGGUUAUUCAACAGGUUGGAGUAAAAAUGGAAUCGGUACUUUGGUCUAGGAAGCCAUAUGGUUCAUCUCGAAGUAUCGUAAGGAAAAUUGGUACUAAUUUAUCUCUGACCCAGUGUCCAAGAGUUCAGUUUCAGUUUACCAGCCCGACAACAGAAUGGAGCCCCCAUUACCCAGGAGAGGAUUCAGUGGCAUCUUUUGCUGAUGUUGAGUGGAUAGCCAAAGAAGAAGGAGACUGCUCUACAAGACGAAGGACAGAGGUCAGGUCAAGGUAGCCCUUUCAGGAUGACCUUCCCUUCUUUGAGAAGCCCCCAAGCAGGCAGUUUCCCUUACCAAACCUGUCUCCAGAAGAGCCUCAACUGAAGACACCACUGGCGAAUGAGGAAGCACUGCAGAAGAUCUGUGCUCUUGAAGAUGAACUUGCUGCUCUCAGAGCUCAGAUUGCCAAAAUUGUGACCCUGCAAGAACAGCAAAAUCUUACUGCAGUACCGCCCUCUGUCCCACUGCCGUCACCACCACCACAGCAUCCUCCGCCACCCCUCCCUCCCUCAACGCUCCACCAAAGUACAUCUGCUAUUGACCUGAUGAGAGAGUGCAGAGAGAAAAAAGCCUGUGCUGGAAAGACGCUGGAUAAGCACAGCCCCAAGAAACCUGAUAUACCAAAUAUGCUAGAGAUCCUUAAAGACAUGAACAGUGUAAAACUUCGGUCAGUAAAAAUGUCAGAACAAGAUAUAAAGCCCAAACCCGUGGAUGCUACUGACCCUGCUGCCCUCAAAGCAGAGACUCUGAAAAAGAAAUUUGCUUACCAGUAUCGAAGUGAUAGCCAAGAUGAGGCUGAAAAAGGAAUUUCAAAGUCUGCACCCAAGGCUACUUCAGAAACAGUGUUGUUUCGGCCACACAUGUUGAAGUCUACAGGAAAAAUGAAGGCUUUAAUUGAAAAUGUUUCAGAUUCCUAAUAGACAAGGACCUGAGAAACCUGAUUCACCUGUUGGUUUGUUAGGGCUAUUUGGCUAGUGGAAAUCAACACUA